CAGCCGGUAGCGGUGACCACUGCACCCGAGGUGUCGGCGCAGCGUCAUUCAAGGAUGAACGUCUUCGCCUCGACGUCGACGUCGGCGGCCCAGGAGUGGAAUGCCAAGCUCAGGACGAUGCCGACGCUGGCGUCUGAGCCUGUCAUGAAGCUAAAGCAUCGCUCGUACGCGCCACCUCCCUCCCAGAACACCUUCCUUCAGGCGCCGUUCACGCAUCGGCCGUCGCGGAGCACGGGCGCCGCGACGCUGUUCCCGCCCCCGCCGGACGUGCACCCUCGCUCGUUCAUGGACCUGACGCCCGAGCGGCGGCUGAAGCGGCAGCCGUCCAUGUCGAAGGAGAAGAUGAAGAAGUUCCUUGCGCGGGCCAGCGGGGUGCUUGGCUUGGGUCGCAAGAAGGCUUGACAGACUUUUAUUUCGAACGCUGCGCUACGAAAAGUUGUUUACCAAAGUGUAUUUGUAUGUCCUCUGCCUCUGUAUCUCCCCGGGUAUCUAAGUAUCUCUCGUUUUGUUGCGUCUCGUGCUGCCUGUAUGUUCAUUGGAAGUGUUUGCGUGUGGGUUCAUGAGUGGACUUUCGACAAUAAGCCCUGGAAUCCCCAAAGUCCC